GUUUGACACAAAACUGUAAAAACGUUUGUAUUUCUCAAAUGAACACUAAUUUGAGUGACAAUUCAAAGCAAUUGAUAAACACAUCCGAAGUGACCAUUGAUUGCAGCGAUCGGUCGCCACCCGAGUGGGAGAGACAAUGGCCGCCAGCGAUGGCCACGGGUUUGAGAUAAACGACGAGAACUGCCAGAAGAGAGUCGAAGAGUUCGUGCGAUUGACACAAACGGACGAAGCUUUGGCGCAGUUCUUCCUGCAGGACAGGGAUUGGGAUCUCCAGAGGUCUGUCAACGACUACUUGGACUCAAUGGACGGCCAGACGGCCCACAAGCGCACCAUCGAUGAGGUGACCCUCAAUGACAGCGACGACAGCGACUGUAAUGUGGUCUUCGAGUCGCCGACAAAAACCAAAGCGAUUGAAGACAACUCGCAGUCGUCUUCGUGCGAGCCGUCUGUUGACAUCGAUGUGAAAGAUCUGAAGGACUUUCGGUUCAUUUGUUGGAAUAUCGACGGAAUCGAUGAGAAGAACCUUCGGCUGCGGACCGAAGCGGUGGCCAAACAUAUCAAAGAAGCGAACGCUUUGAUUGUGUUCUUACAGGAAGUGAUUCACACGUCGGAAGCGAUUCUGCGGCAAAGCCUUCCUGACUAUGAGUUCCUCUCCGGGAACAACCAGAUUGUCAAGUAUUACACACUCACUCUCGUCCACAAGAAGUACGUUAAACUCAUUGACAAUCAGGUGAUUGGGUUCGCCAACUCAAUCAUGGGUCGCAAUCUGCUUAAGACAAGAGUUAGCAUUGGAGACGUGUCUCUGUGUCUACUGAACACACAUUUGGAAAGUACUAAAGACUUUGCGGACAGUCGUGUGCAACAGUUGCGGACAGCCUUUCAAGAGAUGUCGCAAAUGGACAGCGCAUCGACUGUCAUAUUCGGAGGGGAUCUCAACCUCAGAGACACUGAAGUCCAGAAAUUGGGCGGAUUUCCGGCCGGUGUGUACGACGUGUGGAUUAAGACCGGCGCCCGAAAG